AUGGUCUCGGCUCGACCUCUGGUAAAUAAAGGGCUUAUUAAAAGAGUUGGUUCAGGGAAUUCUAUCUCGGUUUGGGAAGAUCCAUGGAUUCCAGCUUCUUGCCCGAGGCCAGCCACAGGACACGGGGCUAUUUCUACCCUCAUCUUCGGCGAGGAUGUUCCCAUCAUCUUAGGGAUUCCGACAUCUCGCACCGGUAAGCCGGACUCGAUGGGAUGGUUUUUUACAAAGUCGGGCCGUUAUACGGUAAAAUCAGGGUACGUUUUGGCGCAACAAAUUCUUGACGAGGCUAAUCCGAUCAAGUAUGGUCCGGAUAUAAGGGCACGGCUACAGAGUCGCGGCCUUCAAAUCGACCCACAGUGCGUGCGGUGCGGUAUGGCUCCGGAAACGGUUAAUCAUAUGUUAUUUGAAUGUCCACCAGCGUUACAGGUGUGGGCUUUAUCCCCAAUUCCUACAGCUUUGGACCAUUUCCCAACAGGAGGCUUGUUUACAAACAUUGCUCACCUAUUCUGGAACCUACCAAAUGAUGAAAGAAUGGGUAUGUAUCCCUGGUUGCUUUGGUUUAUUUGGAAAGCCCGAAACGAUAAGGUUUUCUCCAAUGAUGACUCAGAUCCUAAUGAUAUCAUUAAUCACGCGGCAAGUGAAGCGGUAGCGUGGAGGACGGCACAAGAACGACAAGAGGUCACACUGGUCUGGAGGGGAAUCCGGCUGAGUUAUCUGCCAGAGGUGAAAUCUGUCAGAUUGAUGGAUCAUGGAAAGCCACAGAUUCCCGAGCGGGUCUAG